AUGUUAGCAUUUAACAAUUUUGUUCAACAAACUGCUGACAACAUUUUUUUUAUUGACGCAUUUUUUUGCCUGACUAACAUUGAGGAAGUUGAACAAUUACGAUGGUUUUUUGUGUUCUCUCCAGUUUUGCGCAAUUUUCGACAAGAGCUGCAGCGUCAUAAAAAUUGGUUUUUGCUAACGCCGACAACGAACGUGAACUUCGACUCACGAUGUUGUUUUACUGUUUUUGUCAUGAACAUAAAUAAAAACAACAUGGAUGUAGAUAUAAAUUUAAGCAUGAAGAUCUUAUUUUGUAAUCUUAAUGCAAAGACAUUGACAUACCUUCUGACUAUGCUGUCAAGGAGGAACAUUUAUCAACCUGGUUUUCCUUCAAAAGUCAGCGAACAAGCUCAGGAAAAACGCUUGUUAAUCAUCAACCCAAAUCUUAUCAUAAUAAGAACACGUUGUGCUAUUUUAACAGCAGCUUGCAAUGAAGAUGUUGAAUAA